AUGCCCACCACUCCACAGCUGCCUAACUCAACGUGGACUGCAAGUGCUAAUGCCACUUGGACGGCGACCAGUCUCUCCGGCGACCCAUCGACCUCAAACAGGAUGUCUCUUUCAAAACAGACUUCUGUCAGCUUGCCUCCUUGGCCAGUUUCCAAUUCCACAACUUCAAUUUGGGCGACAGGAUCAGCCAUAUCGUCAACAGAUACCGUCACCUCAGAGACUGCGUCUUCGACUUCUACUCCUAUCUUCCCGCCAUGGCCUACACACAACUCCACGACGGCCUCGAUCACUGGCACAUUGUCAAUCCCUGUCAUCCCAUCGUCUGUGAUCAUUGGAACAGACAUCACCAGGUCGGUUUCGACAUCGUUCCCUUGGACCAACGUGACCUCCAGGCCCUCAACAGGUGUCUUGACUGCAUCUGUCAUUAUUGUGACUGGAGGAGUAACAAUCACUUUGCAGCCAACAGGGACGUCUCUAAUCAGCACCACCGCUGUCCCGUCGUUGACUAUUAAUGGAACGGUUCUGCAGACCUCAACUCCAAACGCACCCUUUUCUCACACAUCUGCCAAGGCUUCCAGAACUCUGGCGUCACCUUUCCCUACUGGAAACUUGACUCUGGUACCUGGGCCCACAGACAUCAACACCUCAAGAAUUCCACUUUCCACUGCGAUGUCAGGAACUGGAGGAAUCACAGUCAGCUCAUCUCUUUCAGCCAUCCUGCCACCAUUUCCAACUGCAAACUCUACACGCAUGGGAACACUCACAAUAUCUAACAGCGCUUUUACUCUUAUCUCAACACUAACGGGGUUGCCCAGCACGUUGUUCAGCAGUGUCACCGGUACGCCUGCUUCCCGCACACUGCCGCCUUUUCCAACUACAAACUCAACUCUGAUGUCCGGUCCGACGGGAAGCGGCACUGAGGUAUCACAUACUGCUUCAGGAACAGUAUUUCAAACCAGAGAGCCCGUUGAAACUCCCACCGGCACUCCUUUGAUUACAAUCCCGCAGUCAUUUCCAACGGGAUUUUCCACAGUUGUUCCAGGACCGACAGUCAGCGUGUCCAUUACUGCGUCGGGCUCUGUUGUUUCCAAUCUUACAAUUACUAGGUCUAGUGGGAGUAUUACCGAGAUCGUCACGAUCAUCACCUCUUCCGUCAUAUCCCCGCCGUUUCCAACUUCUAUUGGCACCGUGGGUCAAAGCCUAACAGGCACACUCGUUGGUACGGGGGUCACCAGGACAUCAUCCGGAACAGGUGGCCCAUUCUUCAGUCCCACGGUCAUUGGCUCGACUUGGGGCCAGUGGCCGAACACGACUUCUUCAAGCACGUUGUCUGCCACUGGCGGUUCGACACUUCCAUCUGGCACGGUGUUUGCGACAACUUCGCCCAACGCGAGCAACUCAAGUGUCCUCUCGAGAGCAACGUCGACCCGAUCCAUCUUUAACAGUACGAUCUCGAGGCUGCCGACGAUUUCUUCGGCUGUAACAGGAAUCCUCACCAACAUCUCCGCAACUCCCUCAAAGCCCUUCACAUCUGUGCCUCCGUUUGCAAACGCGACCACCAUUGCUGGUGAAGUUCCAACCACACACCUCACCUGGACGCUGUCAGGGACCAUCUUUCAUUCUGUUUCCAUAUUGCCUGUAUCUACGCUUUCACCCAUCUCAUCAUCAAUCUCCACUCGAACUCUCUCGGGAACCGCACCAACAGGUCCUACAGAAACAUUCGUUUCUGUUUCCAGAGUCACUUCGGCUAUCACUGAUUCGCGUCUAGCACCGCUUCCGUCGUUUACCAUCUCAGACCAGCCAAAUAUAACCAAUCCAACAGGCCUUCCAUCUGUCAUUUCCACUCCUUGCCAUACCGUCACCAUAACCAACGGCACCAUCACUCAAAUUGUUACUAGAAGUGUUCUCAUUACUACCGCGACGGCUAGCGCUGAUCCGACACUGGUUUAUCCACCUUCUGCGAAUGGUACAAUCUUGUCAGCAAGCACAUCAUGUACAUCAAAGUGGAAAAACACCACCACUUCGGCAGCUGGUUUCAAAAGCACAUGGACUUCUUUCAUCUUGACCAAUCGAACAUCCUCCCUCCCGGGUUCCGCGACAACCUUUAUCACAUCAAAAACGAGCCGGCUGGGUGAUCCCAACAGAGGAAAUAGUGGGCUUCCUGCUGUGAGCAACUUUGUGGUCGGCACGCCGACGACCACAAUCACAGACGCUCCCUUGCCGUCCAACUCAGCCUACCCUUGGGGAGGUCUUGGCCCGGUUUUCCGGCAUCAUGACGAGUCCAGCCCGGUGACGGCCGACGGAUCAGCCAAUAAGCCUAUGGAUCCCAAGGCAAACGGCGCCUGGUGGGCUCGUUGGAAGAGACACUCCGACCGCCUAACAUCCCUAAGGGCGAAUAGUGAUAUGUGA